UAUUUUCUCAGCAUGCUACAAAUUUAAAUGCCGUUCAAUGGAAUACAUUUUCAGCGCACACUUCAAUUCGAUCGAUGUUUAAUAGCAAUAAUGCCGGAGUUUCCAGAUAUGUAGAGGCUAGCCCUCAUAGAUCUAUAUGCAAACGUAGUCAUAGAAAAUCAUUGUAAACGCAAAUGUCCCAAAUGGCAGGCAAAACUGAUUGUUUAACAUUCAUUUUUUUUACUUGACGGGAAAUAAUUAGCAUACAAAUAAGGCCUUUAUUUUUAAUGCCAGGAACGGCUCUCAAGCAAGGAAAAAAAGUGUGAAGAACCAUUUUGAGACCCUCAUUGUUAGUUCGCUGGAGCCCCUACAAUGCGUUUACGUCAACCAACUGGAUGUAGGUUACUGCUAAUGUAUCCUCAGCACUGAGCGAGAAUUAGUUUAAUAUGUUUUUAAGUAUAUAUUAUAUUAACGGAAUGCACUCAAUCAAGAUUAAAGGAAGUAAAAUUUGUGUGAAUCAGCUUUCGGUGAAAAACGUAAAAGGAGCGACGUUCCGAUUUGAACCAAUCAACUCCUCACAUAGCACUUACGUCCGAUUCUAUUGGAGUAUGAGUUCGAUGUGACGCGCCCCGUUGAAUGUUUUUCAUUUCUAUUGGUGUAUGCUCAUCAGUCACUCAGAUUUCAGGAAGUGUGUGUGUGUUUACGUCGAGUCCUCGGAAUGUGAACAGUUCAAUGACAAUGUUAAGCUCUCUGAGUGUGUAGGGCAAUGGGGAAUACGGAAAGCGCUGUGGUGCAGAAGCGGAUGGUCCGGUUUCGGCCGGAGGAAAGGCCGGUCGUGGAGCGGGUAUUCGACCAACUACUAGAAGCCGGUUCUGGAAAUGCGCCGGGGUCUUCCGGGAAAGUCCUUACGCUGGAUGCACUGAAGGUGUGCGUGGCGGGCGUGGCCCCAGAGUCCAUGACGGUGCGGCUGUUUCAGGCCAUGCGAAGCGUUGACCCGGGAGGGACAGCGCCCCCUGGUGGUGGCGUGAGUCGGGAGCAGCUGCUGGUGUUUCUGGCGGACGUGCUCCGUGGCACCGCGGAGGAGCGUGCACCCCUCGUCAUGGCGAUGGCACGUAGGGAGGGAGAGGCCACUGUCACGGCCGACCAGGUCCGAGAGUUUGUGGAGGACCUAGUCUCAGCUGUUGUGCAGAUCCUGACCAGCAGGGGGCGCCGGGAGGGCUGGAGGCCGGACCGCAUGGGGGACGGCGCACGAGGGGUUAAACUGCUGGCUGAGCAGAUGAGCUCCGAACUGAAGCUCACAGAUGAGCGCUCCUGCGACGUGCCCUGCCUGGAGGACUGGCUGUUUCGCGUGUCGGGCGUGGCUCUGUACCUGGAGCUGGCGACCAGCGAGGGCCUGGGGGUGCGGCUCCCCUCCCGGCCGCCCCUCCCCCUCCUGCCCUCGUGCGGCCCCGCCCCCUGGGACGAGCUGCGGUCCCUGCUGGACCUGCCCCUGCUGCUGUUCCUCUACCCCCAGCUGCCGGCCCAGAGCGGCGCCCCCUGGAGGCUGCUGUUCUCCACGCGGCUGCACGGGGAGAGCUUCACGCGGCUGGUGGGCUGCUGCGCCCGCCGUGGCCCCACCCUGCUGCUGCUGCGCGACUCCGACGGGCACCAGUUCGGCGGCUUCGCCUCGCAAAGCUGGGACACCAAGCCGCAGUUCCAGGGGGACUCUAGGUGCUUCCUGUUCUCAGUGUUUCCCACACUGCGGGUGUACACCUGCACUGGAUACAACCAGCACUACAUGUACCUGAACCAGGGACAGCAGACCAUGCCCAACGGCUUGGGCAUGGGCGGGCAGCACCACUACUUUGGCCUGUGGCUGGACAGCGAUUUCGGGAAGGGCCACAGCCGGGCGCGUCCGCGCUGCACCACGUACGGCAGCCCUCAGCUCUCGGCCCAGGAGAACUUCACCGUGGAAACCCUGGAGGUUUGGGCCGUGGGAGACCCCCCAGAGGAGCAACAGGCCCAGGGGAAGCGGAGUGUCUUGGACGCCGAUCCUGAGACUCAGGCUAUAAUGGAGAUGACAGGAAAGACCCUCCACAGCCAGGGCCUCCGAGAGCCAGAAGAGGAGGAGCUCUGAGAUAAGGGGAGGGGCUCUGAGAUAAGGGGAGGGGCCUCUGAACGAAUGGGUGGGGCUCAGAUAAGGGGAGGGGCCUCUGAAAGAAUGGGUGGGGCUCAGAUAAGGGGAGGGGCUCUGAGAGAAUGGGUGGGGCUAUAGGUAGGGAAGUGCUUACGGCCCCACUCAAACAUUCAAAAUGUUUCUGAAGGUUUGCUGUGUUGGUAGUCAACAGUGCUGACUGUUACAAACAUAUGAAGUUCUUUUAUGAGAUAAGCACAUAUUUCUCAGUAUUUUCAGGUAAUUAUGCAUUUAAUUCAUACUCUUCUGACAGCGGUGUAGCAGAGUGGUUUGGUUCCUGUUGUGUGGAUCUGGUUUCUCGUUGAGAGUGUAAUUAUAUUGUACCAGUAAAAGAGUUGAAUCUGG